CAGAGAUAUCGGUCCUGUUUAUUCGUGGUGCAGUCGUUAGCUGUGACAAUCAUUGUAUACAAGACAGACUAAUCAUCAACAGCGCCAGACUCAUUGAGGAUGACGUAUCCACACUUGUACCAAACAAUCCGCUUGGUCAGUUAUACCAUACUAACAGGGGGCCUUCUGGCCUACUUGGUUUUGUAUGGCCGGUUACAUAAUUGGCCUGUCAUAGGUCGGGGAGAACUAAGGAUUAUCUCAAACAAAACAGUGUCACGUGAUAUGUCUGUCAGUGAUGACGCCCAGAUAUGCCAUAUCCCACACUUAGAUCCAUUCUCGCCUGAUGUGAAUAAAUUCAUUCACGUACGUAAAAGUUAUUCUUGUCAAAAGUGGAAUCUAAUAACAUACCAGAGAGAUUUCAAAUUGAUCGUAAACAAGACGGUAAUCAGCCAACACUACCGGAAUUUCUCAAAAUGUUCCUAUCAGCCAUAUAUAAAGCAGGUCGAUAGCCACAAUGGGAUAAAGUUACUGAGGGAGAAAUUUAUGAAUUUUACCGAAUUCAUCAAAGUCACAGACGAAUUUUGUGUAGCUGUUUGCUUCGACAAAAACGACAAAAUUCUUACCAAGGAGCAUCACGCCUUUGUUAUAAGAAACCAAACUUUAGUAAGAGUAAGAAAUAAAGCCAGAUCUGUCACCCAAGGCGAGACUUCGGCGAAGAAAAGGCCAAUGGAUGUUGCAAUGAUAGGCCUAGAGUCAACAUCGGCAAUGAAUUUCAUUCGUCAUAUGAAUUAUACAAGAAAUUUCCUUAGGAAGGAAUUGGCGGCCGUUGAACUGGAAAUGUAUAAUAAAAUAGCAAUAAACACAUUCCCUAAUGUAAUUCCAAUGAUGUUAGGUAUCCCUUUGCAAGAAAUGAACGAUACCCAGGGCUUCAACGACCAUUAUCCAUUUAUCUGGAAGGAUUUUAAGAAAGCUGGCUACGUCACCCUGAUGGGCCAGGAUGGAACUUCAGGGGCUGCAUUUCAUUACCUACGUAAGGGGUUUAGACAGGCCCCUGUCGACUACUACAUGCGGCCCUAUAUACGGGAGCUGGAGAGAACCAACAACAUUGGACUCUGUUCGGGGAACAGACUUGUAUUACAAUGUAUAUUUGAUAAACUAGCAGAUUUUAUUACAACAUAUCAUGACGUUCCGAAGUUUACCUUCACGUUUAUCAGUAAUCCGUCACACGACAAUCCUAACGGUUUAGGUGUUGUAGAUCUCCCUCUGAUGCGGACGCUGUCAGAUCUCAACACACGUGGUCUACUCAACAAUACCCUACUGUUAGUAUUUGGUGAUCAUGGCAGCAGAUAUGGACCAAUUAGGAGAACAUCUCAGGGUAUUCUUGAAGAAAACUUACCUGUUUUUUAUGUUUCUCUUCCGCGUUGGUUUCGUGAAGAGCACAGCGAUUUAUACGAAAACCUCAGAGGAAAUCGAGAUAAACUAACCAGUAAUGUUGAUGUUUAUGCUACACUUCAUGAUAUAUUAGAACUUGGCAAAGGUCACGUGACGCCACGGGUCACUGGGAAAUACGGAACCAGUUUCCUUAGGAACAUCAGAAGAGGUCGAACGUGUGCCAGUUUGCAAAUACCAACUAACUUUUGUAUGUGUCAAUCAUCCAACCAUUCCUAUCCAAAUACAUCUAAGAUUGCCCACGAUCUUUCACAGCGGGUCGUCAAAGAAAUAAACACCAUGCUUUUAAACGUGUCUCAUCUAUGUGUAAAUCUGACUCUAGGCACAAUUCGUCACGUUUGGAGAUUGCGUAGCCAACUUAAGAAUGAAACAAACGACUUUUCUACUAAGAUCUACUUUGUGGUACAGUUUACUGUUUUACCGAGUAACGCUGACUUCGAGGCAACAGUUCGAUAUUUCAAGGGAGAAUUUUCCCUUAUUGGAGACAUAUUACGUACAAACAAGUAUGGCGGGCAGUCUGACUGUGUCUUACGUCAUAAGAAUGCUAUUGUUUUGGAAAGAUAUUGUUAUUGUCGUAAAUAAAUUGAUGACUCAUAAGAAAGUUUCAAGCAAAAAGCGAUGCUGAUAGUUUUGUGACACUGUGCACGAGUAAGUUCAUUUUUGUUUAUAAUAUUUUAAUGUUUUUCAUAUUCUUAACUCAUGAAGGAGCUAUGCAUGAUAGUUGGUUAUAACUGGGGUUAACAUCACAACAAAAACGAUAUACCUAUUUCUCUCGCUCAGCUGUGAUCCGCUUACGGUUGUACCAGUUUUGAUUUUGCUGAUAUAAACAAGGAAAUGACGUUGUUAUGAAAACAAUAUUGUUUUACUUAUUUAUUUAUGAAUUAACUUAACAUCAGCAGCAAGAAAAGGUCUGCGUUUAAAUUAAUAAUUGAAAUCACUUCAAAUGAAUAAAGGAGAGCGCAUUUGGAAUAAAUGAUGGGCAGAAAACCCUAAGAAACAGCCGGCUGUCUUAGGAUGUUUAUUGAGGGUAUUUAAUAACCUUUAUUGAAAUAUUUAUAUUGGUUUAGCCAAUGAUGUUAUAUGUGGUCUGACUUGUUCGAUAACAUUUAUUAUACGAAUGGUUCCGUUCUCACUGCCAAAAUUCUCAUUUUAAGAAUGUAAGAUAUAGUUUCUUAUUUUUGAUGUUUAAAUGACGCAAGCUGAUUAAUACAAAUAGAGCGUAUUUUUUUUAAUUUGGUCAAAUCAUCACAUGUUUGUAGAUAAACACAACUUACUGCUAUAGCUUAUCUUUAUGUUCUGGUUGUUGUCUUAAAUGAAUUAAAAUCAAUUAUUUUAUCAGGUAACGUUUUCCAUUUUUAAAUGUGAUUUGCUUAUGAAUUGCAUGUAAAACAAUCUAGUCAAAAAGUCCCUACAUGUUUUGAAAUUAAAAAAAGGAAAUGGAAAUCUUUAUAUCGAUCUUUUAACCUUUUAAAUGCUAAUAUGAUAACCGGACAUAUUAUCAAUGAUUUGUUUUUGAAAAAUUCAGGUGAAAAUGAGUGUUAAAAAAGGAUUAGAAAUGCACAGUUUGUUUUUCGUUUUUCUGAACUUUAUUUGAUUUCCAUUGUGGUGAAGGCAAAGGGCUUCUGUUUGCACUCAUCAUCUUUUAAACGUUUCACGUAUAUUUUAUUAAUAUGAACUGGUAUCAGUCAGCUUUAGUUUCCGAGUUAUGAUAUCGAAUAACUGUUAUCUACCACAAUGUUAAUAAAGGCAUCAUUAUAUAAUUGAGUUGUUGAUAUUAUCUUUGUGUCAGUAUUUUGUCUCAAUACAGACCAGUUUUUUCAUCAAUAACAGUCGAUAUUCCUUGAACAGCUGGGGAAAUAUGUCUGGUAAUGUCCACCUAAUUUGCUGUUUUUUGUUUGACGUUCAGCACGGAAAAUAGUUAUAGACACAUGUUCCCAGAUUUUGAUGAUAAAAAACCCAAAUCCUCCAACAUCUGGUCACAUACAUUUCUGAUAAUCACGGUAUACUGUAGUGUAUGGAGUGGGACAUGAGUACUAGUGUCUGUACACGCGACAGGACGGGUAAACUGUGACAGGUGCGAUGUGGGUGUGUGUAUGGUACGACAGGACGGGGGACACGUGAAAGGUGCGAUGUUAGUGUCUGUAUAGUAAUAGAGGUAGUUUGGGGGUUUUGUGGACAUUCUAUUCAUGGUAAUUAUCAUAAUAUGAGAGUAAAAAGCAUGAAACCAUACCACUGGCGAAAUCAUUCCAUGUAUAAACGUAUACGGUUACUAAGUGUUGAUAAUGUUAGUGUUCUUCGUAAACUUGAAACCUACAUGUUGCUGUUGUUAUGAUGAUGAUGAUGAUGAUGAUGUUCUGUGAAUGUUUGUUAACUAACUUUCCAUGUAAUGUAUGUAAUAAUCUGUCAUUUAUGUACUGUUAUUUAAGGAUUAAACUGUAUUUAGCAAA